ACAAUUCACCAAAAAAAAAAAAAAAAAAUCUCAUGGGAAAUUGUAUUCCUUCUCUACACAAAGAAAUCAAAUAUUUGCCCAUUGAUACAAUUUUCAAGCUUCCAUCUCCAUUGCCCAAUUGGCCACCAGGAACAGGAGAUUUUGGAAGUGGAUAUAUUGAUUUAGGAGGGCUAAAAGUUUGCCAAAUUGUGACAUUUAACAAAGUUUGGGCUAUUGAUAAAGGAGGACUAGAGAAUCUUGGAGCAACAUUUUACGAGCCUUCACCAAUUCCAGAUGGAUUUUCUAUGUUUGGAUGUUAUUGCCAACCAAACAAUAAACCCCUUUUUGGUUGGGUACUUGUAGGGAAAGACAAUGUUGGUGAAAUCCUAAAGAAUCCAAUUGAUUACACACUUGUUUGGAGUAGUGAAUCCUCAAAAUUCAAGAACACAAAUACCAAUGAUCAUGGCUAUAUUUGGCAACCAAUUCCACCUGAGGGUUACAAGGCAUUAGGCCAUGUUGUCACAACUUCACCUGAAAAACCUGCCUUAGACAAAAUCCAAUGUGUUCGAUCCGAUCUAACAGAUGAUUUAGAGGUUGAGAGUUGGGUAUGGGGUCAAGGUACAACCAGUAAGGUGAAUGGUAUCAAUGUUCAUAGUGUGAGACCUCGAGAAAGAGGCGUAAAAGCACAAGGGGUUAGUGUAGGCACAUUCUUAGCUAGGAUCACAAGUGAUAAAGAUGAUGAGUCUAACAAAACCUUAUCCCUUGCUUGUUUAAAGAAUAAUAAGUUUGAUACCUUUUCUUCUAUGCCUAACCUUAGCCAAAUUCAAGCAUUAUUUGAACAAUACUCUCCAAUUAUAUACUUUCACCCUAAAGAAAAGUACCUACCUUCCUCUGUCAAUUGGUAUUUUGCUAAUGGUGCUUUGCUAUACCAAAAAGGUCAAGAAUCAAAUCCUAGUACCAUUGAACCAAAUGGCUCAAAUCUUCCACAAGAUGGUCCAAAUGAUGGUGCUUAUUGGCUAGACUUGCCAAUUGAUGAGAAGGACAAAGAGAAAGCUAUUAAAGGAGAUUUACUAAACUCUGAGGUUUAUCUCCACAUUAAGCCAACGUUAGGGGCAACUUUCACAGACAUAGCUGUGUGGAUUUUCUAUCCAUUCAAUGGACCUGGUACAGCUAAACUUGGCCUAGUUGAUGUACCCUUUGGUAAAAUAGGCGAACACGUAGGUGAUUGGGAACAUGUAACACUUAGGAUCAGCAAUUUCAAUGGAGUGUUGUACAAAGUUUACGUCUCGCAACAUAGUGGAGGGACAUGGCUUGAUGCACCACAAGUUGAAUUUCAAAAUGGUAGUAACAAAGUUGUGGUCUAUUCUUCACUAAAUGGACAUGCCAUUUACCAUAAACCAGGCUUAGUUUUACAAGGGGGUGGAGAUAUUGGGAUAAGAAAUGAUACAGCUAAGAGUAACUUGGUUUUGGACUGUGGGAAGAAUUAUUCAAUAGUUGCUGCUGAAAAUCUUGAAAUAAUCGCGCCAGCAUGGCUAAAUUAUACAAGAGAAUGGGGACCAAAGUUAAGUUAUACACUUGGGGAUGAAGUUAAGAAAAUUGAGAGCUCAUUGAAAGGGAACUUGAAAGGUGCAUUUGAGAAAUUGGUGAAAGUAUUGCCAAAUGAAGUUUAUGGAGAAGAAGGGCCUACUGGUCCCAAGAUGAAAGGUAAUUGGAAUGGGGAUGAAGUGUGACUUGUCAAAAGAAAUAGAAUUGAAGCCUUCAUGCAAGUCUAUUUUGUAAUUCAAAAAUCUCUCUAUGUAAUUA